AGUUCCCAGAGCCCUUUGAGGGAACCUGGCUCUUUCCCAGAACUACAAUUCCCAUCAGGCGGCGGGAGGAGAGCUCUGGUGCCGGCCCCGCCCCAACCAGCCGAGACCCCGCCCAGUCCCUCUUCCUCUGGCGGCGCCGGGGCUGCGCGGUGGGGCUCGCCCCCCUUUUCCGGGUCUGCGUACCCAGCGGGGCAGAACCCUAGGGGCGCUGUGUUGCCGCCUCCUGGUCUCGCUUAGCUGUGUAAACCUUGCCGCCCGGUUACCCUCGAGUCUCUCAGCUCCCGACUUUCGCUCUAGGAGGCCCUAGCCGAGCGCCGGGAGGGGCGCUGUGUUGAAAGCCACCCCCCCUCUUUCCAAAGCAGUGUCCUGUGCUAAAGGUACUGAUUAGGAUGAAUGUGAUUUGGAGAAAUUCUGUUUCCUGUCUAAGGAUAAGAAAGGUGCCACAUAGAUACCAAAGUGGUAACCACCCAGCGGCCCCUCUGGGAUCAAGGAUUUUAACUGACCCAGCCAAAGUUUUUGAACACAACAUGUGGGAUCACAUGCAGUGGUCAAAAGAAGAAGAAGCAGCAGCCAGAAAAAGAGUAGAGGAAAACUCAGCUGUGCGAGUCCUUCUGGAAGAACAAGUUAAGUAUGAGAAUGAAGCUAGUCAAUAUUGGGAUACAUUUUAUAAGAUUCAUAAGAAUAAGUUUUUCAAGGAUCGUAAUUGGCUGUUGAGGGAAUUUCCUGAAAUUAUUCCAGUUGAUCAAAAAACUGAAGAGAAGACACAAGAAUCAUCAUGGGAUAAUGUGAAAACUGGUGCUGCAAAUUGUUUCUCAAGAACGCACUGCCCUAUUAUGCCUGAAGAAAAAAAUCUUGGUAUGAAAAGGUGUGGUUCAUCAGAUGGUCCAAGCAAAGCAAGGUCUCAUUUUUCCAACCUAGACUCUGAAGAACACAGCGAAGGACCUCUGAAGACCGAAUUGUUUCCUGGUAGCAGUGCCACUUUCAGAAUCCUUGAGGUUGGCUGUGGUGCUGGAAAUAGUGUUUUUCCAAUUUUGAACACUUUACAGAAUGCUCCAGAGUCCUUUCUUUAUUGUUGUGAUUUUGCUUCCGGAGCUGUGGAACUAGUAAAGUUGCACUCAUCCUACAGAGCAGCUCAGUGUUGUGCCUUUGUUCAUGAUGUUUGUGAUGAAGAUUCACCGUACCCUUUUCCAGAUGGGAUCCUGGACGUCAUUCUCCUUGUCUUUGUGCUCUCUUCUAUUCAUCCUGACAGGAUGCAAGGUGUUAUAAACCGACUGUCCAAGUUACUGAAGCCUGGGGGAAUGCUGCUAUUUCGGGACUAUGGAAGAUAUGAUAAGACUCAGCUUCGUUUUAAAAGGGGGCAUUGCUUAUCUGAAAAUUUUUAUGUGCGAGGAGAUGGUACCAGAGCAUAUUUCUUUACGAAAGGGGAAGUCCACACUAUGUUCUGCAAGGCUGGGUUAGAUGAGAAGCAAAAUCUGGUUGAUCGUCGCUUACAAGUUAAUAGGAAAAAACAAGUGAAAAUGCACCGAGUGUGGGUUCAAGGCAAAUUCCAGAAACCAUUACACUUGACUCAAAAACCCUCCAAAUUGGUAUCACCACUCCUUUCUCAUGGCUGAGUUAUGUAUCAUGUUAAGGUACAAACCAGAGGAUUACACUAUUCAAAGACUUCUGUAAAUCUUUCAUUUUUGAAAGGGAAGACAAGAGAAUUUGUAUAUCCUGCUGUUUAUCAUGGGUGAGCUCUUUUGUUCAUUUUAAGCACUUGUAAAUGAUUUGGAAGAGUAUACCAUAUUCUGUGCUCAA